AGAGAGAGGAGCGAGAGCGAACAUGUUGAUGCGAUACAAUUGGCAUAGUUGAGUCAUGAUUGAACGUGAUUGAGUCUAAAUGGUUAGUGCGGCUCUUACACGCCAGUAUCAACGUUACCCUUCGAAGUGACACUGUCCAUUUAACGCCUUACUCAGCGUUAGUAAAACGCUGUAGCGGCGGUAUACAGCUUAUUUGACAAAGCGCCUCGAAACAAGUGGUAAAAAGUCGCGAUUGUAUAGUAAAGUAAAAUAAAAAAAAUGUUGACAAAGACUCUUCGAGUUGUAAACGGCGUUAUGCAGAGGAGGCCCCUGCUGUUCAAUUCAAUGGUGUACGGUUUCUUCUACACGAGCGCCGAAUUCAUCCGACAAAGCAGUAGUAAAAUGUCCAAGCCGAUACAACCGAUUGCCGCGGAGCCCGAAAUUCCUUCGAACGUCAACGGACGGAUAUUAAUUCGAGUACAAAAGCUUUGCGAGACGUUAGGUCUGGUGGAUGAAAAUGUUAAUUCAGCGACUUACAACUGGCCGCAGUUGAAGAGAUACGCGGUCUUCGGUUGCCUCUUGGCGGGACCGAUACUACACGGAUGGUACAAAUGGCUGGAUACGUUUUACAGCGGCAAAUCGACGAAGAUCGUGCUAAAGAAGCUUUUGGUGGACCAAUUUAUCUUGACACCGCCGUUGCUUAUCUUAUUCUUUAUCAGUAUGAGUUUAAUGGAAGCCAAGUCGGAUCUCCUCCGAGAAUGCAAGAUUAAGUUCGUGCACACUUUUAAGACUUCGUGCGGAUACUGGCUGCCGGUGCAAUUCGUUAACUUUCUGUUAAUUCCGCCGUCCUUUCGAGUGACAUAUGUCAGUGUCGCUGCUUUCUGCUGGGUUAAUAUUCUGUGUUAUUUGAAAAAUUUACCCGUUUCCGAACACGAGCAGAAAAGAUUGUGUAUCGUCGUCACUUGUGGCCUUAUAAUGAAAUGGUCUAAAGAAAUCAGCUGA